GCACUUGUUCUGAGAUAAAUAGUGAAAGGGAAACCAGAGGAAGAGAAGAGAGAACAAGCAAGACUGGACUAUUCAUUAACAACAGCCUUUACAACACAUCUAAUAUGGCAGAUGCCAGCUUUGCAACAGAGUUCCUGCAGGCUCACAAUGAAUACCGUUUAAAGCAUCAAGCACUGCCUCUUACACUGGAUUCCAAUCUAAAUAGUUCUGCUCAGGUAUGGGCUAAUCAUCUGUUGUCAGUCAGAACCCUAAAACAUAGCAGUACCAACCUUGGAGAGAACCUGUACUAUAAAUAUAGCUCACCACCCAAAAAAGUUACAGGGCGUAUAGCAGUAGACAGCUGGUACAAUGAAAUUAAGAACUAUAACUUCACAAGACCAGGAUUCAGCUCUGGAACAGGCCACUUCACGCAGGUGGUAUGGAAGGACUCUAAGCAACUGGGUGUCGGGGUGGCCACAGAUGGGACUACAACCAUUGUGGUGGGCCACUACUCACCAGCAGGCAAUAUCACCAAUGCUGGCUACUUUGAGAAGAACGUCCUACCAAUAUUAUUACCAAAGAACCAAGAUAAUCCAGUGUUGGUGAAGAAGCACUUUAGUUAA